AUGGCUGCCAUCCGUACCGACCUUCCCGGCCCCAUUGGGGACAAGAAGCUGGAGAAGAAGCCCAUCAAGUUCUCCAACUUGCUGCUGGGCGCCGGCCUCAACAUGUUCGAGGUGACCACCCUGGGUCAGCCUCUCGAGGUCGUCAAGACUACCAUGGCUGCCAACCGAGGUGACGGCAUGGCCAAGGCUUUGGGACGCGUCUGGUCCCGCGGUGGUCCUCUGGGCUUCUACCAAGGUCUCAUCCCCUGGGCCUGGAUCGAAGCUUCCACCAAGGGCGCCGUCCUUCUCUUCGUUGCCUCCGAGGCCGAGUACUACGCCCGCGUCGCUGGCGCCUCCGAGUUUGGCGGUGGCAUCAUCGGUGGCAUCACCGGUGGUGUCGCUCAGGCCUAUGCCACCAUGGGCUUCUGCACCUGCAUGAAGACGGUCGAGAUCACCAAGCACAAGAUCGCCGCCACCGGUGUCAAGCCCCCCUCUACCUUCCAGACCUUUGGCGACAUCUACCGCAAGGAGGGUAUUCGUGGCAUCAACAAGGGUGUCAACGCCGUCGCUAUCCGCCAGAUGACCAACUGGGGUAGCCGCUUCGGUCUGAGCCGUCUCGCCGAGGGCUGGAUCCGCUCCGCCACUGGCAAGAAGGAGGGUGAGAAGCUCUCUGCUGGCGAAAAGGUCAUUGCCAGCGCCGUCGGUGGUGGUCUCAGCGCCUGGAACCAGCCCAUCGAGGUCAUCCGCGUUGAGAUGCAGAGCAAGAAGGAGGACCCCAACCGUCCCAAGAAGAUGACGGUUGGCAACACUUUCAAGUACAUCUACGAGACCAACGGUGUCCGCGGUCUCUACCGUGGCAUCACCCCCCGUAUCUCUCUGGGUAUCUGGCAGACGGUCUGCAUGGUUGCGUUUGGUGACAUGGCCAAGGCUUACGUCGAGAAGCUGACCGGCGAUGCGGUUACUGCUAAGCAUUAG